CCGGGGUCAGUGCGGCUGGCUGUAGGAGGUCGUGGCUCGCAGCAAUACAGUGUCCCAAAGCGAGGAAGAGCGAGCUCGGAGUCCGCACCUCCCCGCACAGCUAGGCGCCUGGCGCCCGGAGUAGCGGCCAUCGCGUCCUCUCCGGCUACCGCUGCUCCCGGAGCCGCCAUGGCGCCGACCCUCUGCCCAUGCAUCAGCGGCAUCCUCUGGCUCGCCUGCCUCCUUCCCUUGGCCCCGGCCAUAGUGGCUGCAGGCCUGUACGAGCUUUACCUCACCACGGAUAGUCCUGCCACCACGGGGGCAGAAGUGACUGUCACGGCUACCCUGGUGGCCAGUGACAACGGCACCCUGGACCUGCCCACCGACACUCACUUCUAUCGCUUCCACUGGAUCCACUCUCCGCUGCUGCUCACGGGGAAGACCGAGGAGGCCUUCAGCUCCUCCAUCCGUGCCGUGGGGAGCGUGCCCGGGGACUUCCCUGUCUCUGUCUGGGUCACCGCCGCCAACUGCUGGAAGUGCCAGCCCGUGGCGAGGAGCCUCCUCCUGCUGUCCAUCACAGAGUUCAUUGCGGGGAACCUCACCGUCACUCAGAACACGUCUCUGCCCUGGCCCAGCUCCUAUCUCACCAAGACCAUCCUUAAAGUGUCCUUCCUCCUCCACGACCCGAGCAACUUCUUCAAGGCUGCCUCGUUUCUCUACAGCUGGGACUUUGGAGAUGGCACCCAGAUGGUGACUGAAGACCCGGUGGUCUAUUACAACUAUUCCAUCAUCGGGACCUUCACCGUGAAGCUCCAAGUGGUGGCCGAGUGGGAGCAGAACACGCUGCAUGCUGGGAAGGGCGUCGCACAGAAGACGGGGGACUUCUCUGCCUUGCUGAAGCUGCAGGAAACUCUUCGAGGCAUCCAGGUCUUGGGGCCCAGCAAAAUUCAGACCCUCCAAAAGAUGACCCUGACCUUGAACUUCCUGGGGAGCCCCCCGCUGACUGUGUGCUGGCGCCUCAAGCCCAAGUGCCUCCCACUGGAGGAAGGGGAGUGUCACCCUGUGUCAGUGACCAGCGGGGCCUACAACCUGACCCACGUCUUCCGGGCCCCCGGGAUCUACUGCUUCAGCAUCUGGGCUGAGAAUGUCAUCAGCAAGACACACCGGUACCACAGGAUCCAGGUGUGGCCCUCCAGCAUCCAGCCAGCUGUCUUUGCUUUCCCCUGUGCCACGCUCAUCACCAUGAUGCUGGCCUUCAUCAUGUGCAUGGCCUUGAGGAACUCCACUCACCAGAAGGACAUGGUGGAGGUGGCUGAUUUUGACUUUUCCCCCAUGUCUGACAAGAACCCGGAGCCGCCCACGGGGGGCAAGUGCUGCCAGAAGUGCUGUGGCCCCUUCUGGCUGGAGACGCCCUCUGAGUACCUGGAGGUGGUCCGUGAGGACCACGGGCUGCUGCCGCCCCUCUACAAGUCCGUCAAAACGUACACGGUGUGAGCGCCCCCCACCCCUCUCAGCUUUACCGACUGCCAGCCGGACGCUCGGACGAGGUGGGGCCUGUCCCCAGCAGGAGGGGUCCGUGUGUGCGGAGCCGUCCUCCCUGGCCAUCCGGCCAUCUGCACAGUCCAGCCGCUGCCACAAGUCCCCUCGUCGCACCCCCAGCCAUCGGUCCACCUGUGCAGCCCAGCCACCACCGUGAGCCCCUCUCAGUCAGCCCCGCUCUGCCCCUCACCUUUGAAGAGGCCCCAAGUGGGUGGACACAGCGCCCCGAUGUGGUCCCUCCUCGCUCCGGGCACCACUGGCCGCCCCUUGCCCGGCCCUCCCGUGUCGGCACGCCUGCCGUCUACCUGGGGUUCGAGCUUCCGCCCUGAGAGCUAGGAGGAAGGUCUAGGACGGCUAGGGAUGCAUCGUGAAAGGUCACUUGUAGAGACAGGUGGGCACACACGUGUGUCACAUGGACACCUCCGACAGUUUCCUCCGCAUCAGUUCAGUCACCGGGACGUACCCUGAAUCGGAACUGAGAUGAAAUCGGACCUUCUCCACUUGGGCCCAACAGCUCCUGGGCCUGGUCUGUCCCUUUGUGCGCUGUUCCUGGGGCUCCCUGCUCCCACUCCAAGGACACCUUGUUCUCUGCCUGCUUGCUGGGGGUGGGUGGGGGCGGGGCAAAUACUUGGUGGGUGCAAAGUGCUUUUAUAAAUAGCUCCCUCUUACACUGAGACCACAUUGACUCCCACUGAGGAAAAGGCCUUGAAGCAAAGAGGAGUCAAGCCGGUAGGGACUUGGAAUCCCUGGGAGGGGACAGUAGUCUUGCCACCCUGCUGCCCCCAGGAGGCCCUAAGAAGGAAGAGGCAGGGGAACCAAGCCUGGUCCUCCCCCUUGCAGUCCAGUGGCUGGGGCAGGCAGCGCGGGUGCGGGGAGCAGCUACGGGUGCAGAGGAGACACGGUUGGGCCCCAGCCAACCGUGCAGGGGUGCUGGGAGCAACCUGGGCCUCUGUUUGGUGGGGGGCAGGGUGUGGGGCGGGAACUCGGCUGCCGUAGACGUCUGCCCUCAGAUUUCGUGCAGAAAACACUGUCGUGCCGUGCCGCUUAUCCUCGUGAA